AUGUCUAUUAUUACUCCAACGGGCCCUAUUGCUCCUCCUAUGGAAUCAACGGGCGACCGUCUAGUUACGCUGGAGCUACAGGAUGGUGUCGCUGUUCAGGGUUAUUCCUUCGGUGCUCCCAAGUCAGCUGCUGGUGAACUAGUUUUUCAAACUGGUAUGGUUGGUUACCCAGAAUCGGUCACUGACCCAUCUUAUGAGGGCCAAAUUUUGGUGAUCACCUUCCCUCUUGUGGGCAACUACGGUGUGCCUGACCGCAACUUACAAGAUGAACUUGUGGAAUCCUUGCCAAGGUACUUUGAGAGCAGCAGAAUCCACAUCGCGGGUUUAGUUAUUGCUCACUACACCGACCAAUACUCACAUUGGCUCGCCAAUUCUUCCCUAGCAGCUUGGUUGAAAGAAGAAGGCAUCCCCGCUGUCUACGGUAUUGACACCAGAGCGUUGACAAAGCAUCUAAGAGAUAGCGGCUCUAUGCUAGGUAGACUUGCCCUCCAGAAAUCUGGAUCUGAUUUCGUUAGGGCGACCUCUGCUGAAUGGAGAGACUCUUUUGAGAUUCCUGACUGGGUCGACCCUAAUGUUCAAAACUUGGUCGCCAAAGUAUCUACCAGCGAGCCACAUUUGUACACUCCUCCAUCCGAUUUUGAUGUUUCUAACUUACAAAAGGGACCUGAUGGUAAGACUUUGAGAAUUCUGGCCAUUGAUGUCGGUAUGAAGUUCAACCAGAUUCGUUGCUUUGUAAAGCGCGGUGUUGAGCUCUUAGUGGUGCCUUGGGACUACGAUUUUACUAAGGAACAGUACGAUGGUCUCUUUAUCUCAAACGGUCCCGGUGAUCCAUCUGUUCUAUCAGAUCUUAACGUCAAGCUGACUAAAGUCCUGGAAUCUAAAAAAACCCCUGUCUUUGGUAUCUGUCUUGGUCACCAGCUUUUAGCUAGAGCUUCGGGAGCCUCAACUCUGAAGCUGAAGUUCGGUAACAGGGGCCACAACAUUCCUUGUACUUCUACCAUUUCCGGAAAGUGUUAUAUCACUUCACAAAAUCAUGGUUUUGCUGUUGAUGUCGACACAUUGACAACUGGUUGGAAACCUUUGUUUGUCAAUGCAAAUGAUGGUUCGAAUGAAGGUAUUUACCACACUGAAUUGCCCUACUUUUCUGUCCAAUUCCAUCCAGAAUCCACACCAGGUCCAAGAGAUACUGAGUUUUUAUUUGACGUCUUCAUUCAAUCUGUUAAACAGUUCAAACACACUGGUCAAAUCAAGCCUGUCGAAUUCCCAGGUGGCAAGCUCGAAGAUAACCUGGCAGCUCACCCAAGGGUCGAAGCUAAAAAAGUUUUAGUCUUAGGCUCUGGUGGUUUGUCCAUCGGGCAAGCUGGUGAGUUUGACUAUUCAGGUUCCCAAGCUAUCAAGGCUUUGAAGGAAGAGGGUAUUUAUACCAUUUUGAUUAAUCCAAAUAUUGCAACUAUUCAGACCUCCAAGGGUUUAGCUGACAAGGUUUACUUCCUUCCAGUUACUGCGGAGUUCGUGAGAAAGGUCAUUCUGCAUGAGCGUCCAGACGCUAUUUACGUCACUUUUGGUGGCCAGACCGCUUUGUCUGUGGGUAUUGAAAUGAAAGAUGAAUUCGAGGCUUUAGGUGUUAAAGUUUUGGGUACUCCUAUUGAUACCGUAAUCACUACAGAAGACCGUGAGCUCUUUUCCAAUGCUAUGGACGAAAUCAAUGAAAAGUGCGCAAAGUCGAAGGCAGCCUCGACGGUUGAGGAAGCUUUGGAAGCUGUUAAGGAAAUUGGAUUCCCAGUCAUUUGCCGUUCAGCUUUUGCUUUGGGUGGCUUAGGGUCUGGUUUUGCUAACAAUGAGAAGGAGCUUGUUGAUUUGUGUAACGUUGCCUUUGCAUCCUCUCCUCAAGUCCUAGUGGAAAGAUCCAUGAAGGGCUGGAAAGAAGUUGAAUAUGAAGUUGUGCGCGACGCUUUCGAUAACUGUAUCACAGUCUGUAACAUGGAAAAUUUCGACCCUCUGGGUAUCCACACUGGUGAUUCGAUCGUUGUGGCUCCUUCUCAAACUCUAUCUGACGAGGACUACAACAUGUUGAGAACAACAGCUGUUAACGUUAUCAGGCAUUUAGGUGUUGUUGGUGAGUGUAACAUUCAGUACGCGCUUAACCCAUUUAGCAAAGAGUACUGUAUCAUUGAAGUCAAUGCUCGUCUCUCGCGUUCGUCUGCCUUGGCGUCUAAGGCUACUGGCUACCCUCUCGCCUACACUGCAGCCAAACUUGGUCUGAACAUUCCUUUGAACGAGGUCAAAAACUCUGUGACACAGUCUACGUGUGCUUGUUUUGAACCAUCUCUCGACUACUGUGUGGUCAAGAUGCCAAGAUGGGAUUUGAAGAAGUUUAACAGAGUUUCUACUGCGCUUUCUUCCUCUAUGAAAUCUGUUGGUGAAGUUAUGAGCAUCGGAAGGACGUUCGAGGAAGCUAUCCAGAAGGCUAUCAGAUCUACAGAAUACGUUAACCUAGGUUUCAAUGAAACAGACAUGGACAUUGACAUUGACUACGAGCUCUCACACCCUACAGAUGAACGUAUCUUUGCCAUUGCUAACGCGUUCAGUAACCUCAACUACUCAGUCGAAAAAGUUUGGCAAUUGAGUAACAUCGAUAAAUGGUUCUUGACCAAGCUUUAUGAUUUGGUUGCUUUCGCUAAGAAGAUAGAGAGCUAUGGGGCGAAAGAAAACCUACCACCCUUGGUUUUGAAGCAGGCGAAGCAACUAGGUUUCGAUGAUAGGCAGAUUGCGAAGUUCAUUAACUCCAAUGAAGUCGCAAUCCGUCGCUUGAGAAAAGAAUGCGGGAUUACGCCCUUUGUUAAGCAGAUUGACACUGUAGCUGCUGAAUUCCCAGCUCACACAAACUACCUGUACAUGACAUACAAUGCUGCUACGCAUGACCUGUCAUUCAAUGAUCAUGGUGUUAUGGUCCUUGGUUCAGGUGUUUACCGUAUUGGUUCAUCGGUUGAGUUCGAUUGGUGUGCUGUCACAGCGGUGAGAACAUUGCGCAAAAACAACAUCAAAUCCAUCAUGGUCAACUACAAUCCCGAAACCGUGUCCACUGAUUACGACGAGGCGGACAGAUUAUACUUCGAGACAAUCAGCUUGGAGAGAAUUCUUGAUAUCUAUGAAAUUGAGACAUCUGCUGGCGUUGUUGUAUCUAUGGGUGGCCAGACCUCUAACAACAUUGCUAUGUCUUUGCAUCGUGAGAACGUCAAGAUUCUGGGUACAACCCCAGAAAUGAUUGACUCUGCCGAGAACCGUUACAAGUUUUCUCGUAUGCUUGACCAAAUCGGGGUGGACCAGCCCGCCUGGAAAGAACUGACUUCUAUUGACGAGGCUGAGAAGUUCGCUGAUGCUGUCAGCUAUCCCGUUUUGGUCCGUCCAUCUUACGUUUUAUCAGGUGCCGCCAUGAAUACUGUUUAUUCAAAGGAUGAUUUAGCAUCCUAUCUGAAUCAAGCUGUCGAAGUCUCUCGCGAGUAUCCUGUUGUCAUUACCAAGUACAUUGAAAAUGCCAAGGAAAUCGAGAUGGACGCUGUUGCUAAAAACGGUGAACUUAUCAUGCAUGUUGUUUCUGAGCAUGUUGAAAAUGCAGGUGUGCAUUCCGGUGACGCAACUUUGAUUGUGCCCCCACAGGACUUGGACCCUGAAACUGUCGAAAGAAUUGUUGUUGCAACUGCUAAAAUUGGUAAAGCUUUGAAGAUAACUGGCCCAUUCAACAUCCAGUUCAUUGCCAAAAACAACGAAAUUAAAGUUAUUGAGUGUAAUGUUCGUGCUUCACGUUCUUUCCCAUUCAUUUCUAAGGUUGUAAACGUUAACUUAAUUGAAAUGGCAACGAAAGCUAUCAUGGGGCUACCAGUUACUCCUUACCCAACUGAAAAACUUCCUGAGGACUACGUCGCAAUUAAGGUCCCUCAAUUCUCAUUCCCCCGUUUGGCUGGUGCUGAUCCUGUUUUGGGUGUUGAAAUGGCCUCAACUGGUGAGGUUGCUACCUUUGGCCACUCGAAGUACGAAGCUUACUUGAAAUCACUGCUGUCAACUGGCUUUAAACUGCCCAAGAAAAAUGUAUUGCUCUCAAUCGGAUCCUUUAAGGAAAAGCAAGAGAUGUUGCCUUCUGUCAAAAAGCUCUACAACAUGGGUUACAAGUUAUUUGCUACAGCUGGUACAGCGGACUUCAUUUCGGAGCAUGGCAUUCCUGUGCAAUACUUGGAGGUCUUGAAUGAGGGUGAUGAUGAAAAAUCUGAAUAUUCCCUGACACAGCACCUUGCUAACAACAAAAUCGACCUUUACAUUAAUCUCCCUUCAGCCAACAGAUUCCGUCGUCCUGCGUCCUAUGUGUCUAAGGGUUACCAAACUCGUCGUAUGGCCGUGGACUAUUCUGUUCCAUUAGUUACCAAUGUGAAGUGUGCUAAGCUUUUGAUCGAAGCUAUAUCCAGGAACCUAAACUUGGAAGUUUCUGAACGUGAUGCACAGACCUCCCACAGGACUGUCACUAUCCCAGGCCUAAUCAACAUUUCGGCGUACAUGCCCCACAUUUCUAAUGUGGUUCAAGGCCCAGAGGAAAUGAAGGAAAUUACUAGGCUCUCAGCCGAAUCUGGAUUCACGUAUUCACAGAUCAUGCCAAAGUCAACCCGCGGUCCUGUUAUCACUAAUGAGCAGUCCAUCAAGGUUGCCAACUCAGUUGCUCAAGAAUCAGCAUACACUGAUUUUGGUUUCACUGUUGCAGCCACCGCGCACAACGUUGGAGAAACCGCCCAAUGCGCUAAUGAUGCUAAUGCUUUAUUCUUACCUCACCGUGAAUUGACUGGAAAGGUCUCUAUAGUUGCUGAACACCUGAAAAAUUGGCCAGUCGAAAAGCAAAUUAUCGCUGAGGCCAAAACCUCUGAUCUUGCAUCUGUUAUCUUGCUGGCCUCGCUGCAAAACAGGCCUAUUCACAUUACUGGUGUGUCAAACAGGGAUGAUCUCUCUUUGAUAAUGACAGUUAAGGAGAAGCAAGACAAGGUUACCUGCGACAUAAACAUUCAUGCAUUAUUCGUCAGUCAAGAUGACUAUCCAGAGGCUUUGUUCUUGCCUACAAUCGAAGACCAAGAGUUCUUCUGGCGUAACCUAGAUGCUAUUGAUGCCUUUUCGAUCGGCGCCUUACCAACUCUCCUUGCCCAAAUCACUGGCAAUGAGGUGGUGACUGGUAUUGGCAUCAAAGAGGCUUUGCCACUACUGCUUUCUGCUGUAAACAAUGGUAGACUAACUAUUGACGAUAUCGUGGAGCGCUUGCAUGACAAUCCUGCAUCCAUAUUCAACAUUCCUGAACAAAAUGCCGAAGUCGAGAUUGACUUAGACUUUGCUUUCAGACACACAAAGAGAUGGUCCCCUUACACCAAGGGAGGCCUAAGAGGUGGUGUGGAACGUGUCUUGGUGGACGGUGAAACUAUUGUUUUGAGUGGAGAUUUAGUUGCUGCUGAGGCUGAAGGAAAACUGGUUUCAAGUUCCAGUACUAAGAUUUUAACGCCAGCACAUCCCUCCGUCGAGCCUACUCCUUUCGCGGGAACUAAGAAGAGAUUUUCAUUUUCCAAUGAGAAGAGAUCUUCCUUUACAGGGUUUAGUGACGAUGAAGAUUCUCUCGUUGACCAGCCCCUGGAACAAAGACUAAUGUCGUCAAGACCUCCUAAAGAACUAGCUGCUCCAGGUGCAAUUCAAAGUUUGAUUAGAGGCAACAACCCAUUUUUGAGGAGAAACAUUUUAUCUGUGAACCAAUUCAAGCGCUCUGACUUCCACGCUUUGUUUGCUGUUGCCCAAGAGCUAAGAUCUGCAGUUGAAAGGGAUGGUAUUUUGGACCUCAUGAAGGGCCGCCUCUUGACUACUAUCUUCUACGAACCUUCGACUCGUACAUCUUCAUCCUUCAUCGCUGCUAUGGAGCGGUUGGGUGGAAGAACAGUCAACAUCAACACAACAUCUUCCUCUGUGAAGAAGGGUGAAACCUUACAAGACACUAUCAGAACUCUAGCUUGUUAUUCUGAUGCUAUUGUUUUGCGCCACCCUGAUGAAAUGUCUGCACACACUGCAGCGAAAUACUCACCUGUUCCAAUUCUAAACGGAGGAAACGGCUCCAGAGAGCAUCCAACCCAAGCAUUCUUGGAUCUGUUUACUAUUCGUGAGGAGUUAGGUACCGUGAAUGGUAUUACUGUCACGUUUAUGGGCGACUUGAAGUACGGUAGACCAGUUCACUCUUUGUGCCGCUUGUUGAGACACUACCAAGUCAGAAUUAACUUGGUGUCACCAAGUGAACUAAGGCUCCCUCAGGCUCUGCGUACGGAGCUUGCCAACGCUGGUAUGCUGGGCGUUGAAAGCGAAACUUUGACUCCUGAAAUCAUCUCCAAGUCUGAUGUUCUAUAUUGCACGAGAGUUCAGCAAGAAAGAUUCGAAAAAAGAGAGGAGUAUGAGAAACUCAAGGAUGUUUACAUUGUUGACAACAAGAUCUUGUCUCACGCUAAAGACCAAAUGGUGGUAAUGCACCCAUUGCCUCGUGUCAAUGAGAUUCGCGAAGAAGUUGACUACGACCACCGUGCUGCAUACUUUAGGCAAAUGAGGUACGGUCUCUUUGUCAGAAUGGCGCUCUUGGCCAUGGUCAUGGGAAUUGACCUGUGA